UUUCCCUGACCGCUUCUUGUUUUCAGCAGCUAAAAGUGUCUUCUCUUGUUUCUCCUCGGAUUAUUUUCACAGCCGAACAUUGGCGUAGCAUGACACCGAGCUGAGGCGCUUGACAAACAUCUACUCCGCCAGACUGCCACGUUUGGGUGAACUUCUGCCGCCUUAAAUGGUAGCUGCUUAGCUAACACCGAUAGUUAGGCUUUCGAGCAAAAUGUUCAGCCGUACUCGUGGUCCUGCUAAAUCCCUGCGUGUGAUUUGUUGGCGAUAAUUCGCUCGUACUCCUUCCUCUCGUUGUUACUGCGGAGUGACAUGUUUAACAUGACUAGCAAAGCGAAGAAACAACCACUCCUGCAACCUGGGGUGUAAUGGUCUUUCCCUCAUCCGCGUCGUGGAGAUAUUUCGUGGCCGUGAAGGAAACAGUUGCUAUGGUGUCUACGCUACGUGUGCCUACGCUUGGCUGACGGCGACACACCUGGCUCAGCAUGAAGUCCCCGGGGUGCAGAAUUUCAUUCUGUAUGGGUUUCAUGGUGGGGUUCCUCGUGCUCUACCUCUAUCUACGGCAAGUGGGCAUCAGUCAGAAUUUCUCUGUGCAACCGAUCCACAAACUGGUUGAACACAAUGACCACCAGCGGCAUGAAGAAGAGGAAGAAGAAGAAAAGAGAUGGAAGAAAGAGAGAUCUGCCCUUUUCAAUCUCAAACACCCUCAUCAUUCUGAUGAGGAUAGCCGAAUGGCAGAUGAACUGUACAAAAAAGUACGCAUUCUUUGCUGGGUAAUGACUACACCUACCAACCUGCAGACGAAGGCUCGCCAUGUGAAGGACACGUGGAGUCGGCACUGCAAUGUGAUCGUCUUUGUGAGCUCCGUAAGCAAUCCCGACUUCCCGGCUGUGGGUAUGGAUACAAAAGAAGGCCGUGAUCAGCUUUACUGGAAAACCAUCCGGGCCUUACAUUACGUCCACGAGCAUUACAGCAACGAAGCCGACUGGUUCCUCAAAGCAGAUGACGACACUUACGUCGUCGUGGACAACCUUCGGUGGGUGCUUGCUAACCACACCAAGGAUGAGCCCGUUUAUUUUGGUCGAAGAUUCAAGCCCUACAUCAAGCAAGGCUAUAUGAGCGGCGGUGCGGGUUACGUGCUGAGUCGAGAGGCCCUGCGACGCUUUGUUGAAGGAUUUCAGAACAAAGUGUGCACUCACACCAGCUCAGUGGAGGAUCUUGCUUUGGGCCAGUGCCUGGAGAAAGUUGGGGUGCUGGCAGGAGACUCCCGAGACACUUCCCAACGGGAGACAUUUCAUCCCUUCAUCCCCGAGCAGCAUCUCACCGCCGAGUUCCCCAAGAGCUUCUGGUAUUGGAGCUACUGCUACUACCCCAUCUCAAUGGGUCCAAACUGCUGUUCAGACCUGUCUGUGUCCUUCCACUAUGUGCACGAGAGCAACAUGUAUUUGUUGGAGUACUACACCUAUCACCUACGUGCCUUUGGCUACAAAUACCGUUACCAGCCCCCUACCCCGCUCGGCUACACCUCCGUGCGCUCAAACUCCAAGGAUGAUGAUGCUGCUGCUGCUGCUGCUGCUGCUGCUCCUGUUGUUGCUAACAAAGAGAACAAAGCUGAUUCUCAGGAAAAGGAACAAAAAGAAGGUGUAAAUGGUGACAAGAGUCCGGAUGACCCGCCUCCAGCGGGCAAACAACGGUAGGACCAAUUGGGUAUGAGAAACAAUCGGAUCACGAAUGAAGAAUCUGUUGGCUCACGUUUUAAUGACACACAUCAUAAAUAACCUCAACUGUGAAACUAUAGUCAAACAUCAGCACCAUUGUCAACAUUUUUUUUUUCUUUCUAGUUUGUCAAGUCAUGUCAGUGCGGACUAAAUCAGCUGCAUUCUUUUUGAAUUGUAUAAAAGCACCUUUUCUAUCCACGCAUACACCAGCUAGAAUUGUGCCAUUGUUCAAAAUUUUUCUUAGGAUAACAAACCCUGGUCAUGCUUGCAUUUGUUUGCGUCACUGUUCCAAUGCCUUGAACUAAGCAAACAAACCGUUGCGUUAGCUGCAGCAAGUGUCACAUAGAAAGAAUGACCCACCAUUGUUCGCACAGAUCAUCAUGCAUGACCCUUACUCCAUUAAGAUCUCAAAUAGUUCCGCUUGAGGGCUGGGCCUUUGAACAUGUUUUCCUGAACAAAAGAAUCUGGACACAAUCUAACCACCCUUAAAUGCCGGAUGAUCGGUAUGACUGCGAUACGUCCAAGUAGACAACAUGCCGGGGGCGAAAUGGAACCAAAAUAAAGCAAAGCUAAAGUUACACUUUUAAAUGCACACACCGGAAGCAAAAAAAAAAAAAAAAAAAUGAAACGGAUGACUGAUUUUGGACUGAAUAUAGAAGCGGUGCGGACCACCAGCAGAGAAUGGAAGCUUUCCCAGUUUCCAAGCACUUUCCACCGCACUGCGGUGUAGGUUUAUACCGGGCGUCAGCAACGUGUCGCCCCCAAGAGUGAUCAGCCUGCGGGCCUGUUGUAAAGAUGGCUCACUAGCGAUGGGAAAUAGGGAUUUCCUAGGAAUGUCGUUGAAGUGUGCUCAUUUGAAGACUGAUAUGAAGUGUUGCGGAUUGAUAAUGAUCAGUUUCCUGCGUUGUAAAGUCGCUGAUCAUUAUCGUGAGAAACAUCGGUGUCCUCACAUAGAUUAUCAUCGAUUGCUAACAUUUUUAAAGGUAAUUUAAGCGAAACGUGGCUAAUUCCAUCUUUCUGUAGCAUUCACGUUGUUGGAAGUGCUUCACUUUUUUUAUUUAUUUAUUUUUUAUCAGACGUUUUAGGUGCAGAUUAUCCCGCAAAAGUAGUGCAUCAAGCAAUAACAACAUCCGACAUUUAGUUGCCUUUUGCAUCGAACCCGCCAAUGCAAUUUGCCACAAUUUUGUGGGCAGCCACAUAGCCACAUAACAUACUGGAGUCGGAUAAUUGUGUUGAACACAACAGGCUGCAAACAAACAUGAGUGUGGAACACAACCCUGCCCCACCUCUCCAGUUUUUCUUUCAACUCUGUCUAGUUAAUUUCACUAUCCCUUGUCCCAAAAGCAAACUUGUCUUCUUGAAUGGGUAACAGACAAUUUAGGGCACUUUUAGAAACAGUAAACACACUUCAAACGGCGAAGAAAAAAAAGUUCAUCACACAGACACGUUUUAUUGAUCAAAAAAUUGAUGAAGCGUAUUAUAACAAACCCCAAAGUUGCACUUUGCUCGCUAAAUUCUCUCAAGCUUCCGUCCACAACCACACGUUGCUGGACACCCUCCGAACGUCUGUUUGUCUGAUCAGAUGAAGAAAACGGAACGUUCUCGCUCGACUGCACACUUUCAGGAUGUUGAUCCGUCUCUGGAGGUUAAACAAAUCUUUCCACUGGCCCAUUCUUCCAAAGAAAAGAAGGCCUCGACUAAACCAGCCAUGUCAAAUGCUUUUGGGUUGCACUACUUGUUGAAAAGAGACUAACUUGCACUCAGCACGUGUCGCAUCUCCGUUGGUUCGCCCGCAGUGGGUUAGUUGGCAUGUGUCGGCCGCACACGUGAAUUUGCGGCGAGGGUUUAUGGUGAAUGACUUCAAUACUUCCAAUGAUGAGCCCCCGGCCUUGCCGAUGGUUGACUUUGUGAGCGUUUCUCAUGUUUUUUUUUUUUCCUGCAGUGUUAUUAAUCUUUAAAAUAAUGUGGUCGACACAUUUUUUUUUCCUUUGUAACUUGUGCAACUUCAACUGUCAAACCGAAGAUACUCAUUCUUUAAUAUUGUGAUGUGGCAGACACUGUUUUUCUUUGAAAUGAAAAAUAAAUGUCAUUUGUUAUGUAUUUUUCUAAAAAAAAACAAACAAACAAACGAAAAAACACCCUAGCCGCUUACUUAGCUAUUUUUCUCACUGAAAUUAAACGUGCGUGGGUACCUAUUCAAAUGCCUUUAGGAACCGUACCAACAAAACGUUGUUUCGUCCCAAAGUACACAAGCUAUUCACUUAAAUUCCUGUGUGUGUGUGUGUGUGUGUGUGUGUGUGUGUGUGUGUGUGUGUGUGUGUGUGUGUGUGUGUGUGUGUGUGUGUGCGCGCGCGAACAUAACCAGUUUUUGUACAUGAUUGCUUUUCAAGAGUCUCAAUCGUAGGCAAAAUGCAAGACGUGCUCUCUGUUCAUCUUGCGAGGAAGCAACAUUUGUCAAACUACAUUCAUUUGGCAAGUUCAUUUCUGCUAAAGCAAAUUUAAGACUGAUAAGAACGGGAACAGCCAGGCCUUUUGAACAAUUAGAGGCAGCGGUUCGAGGGUGUUUAUUUACAUGUAGGACUGCAAAUGUGCAGCUUGCCAGCCGCAUAUUCUAUAUGAUCUAUAUAAUCGAUGUAAUUUGUCUAUCAUUUGCCAAAUCGUAUUUCUUAAGUACCUGCAUCUUCCCUAGCCAGCUCGAUACGGCUACUACAAGCAUUUCAAAUUUUGUCACCAUCAAAAUUCAUUUUGUUUUCAUGACAAUCUGCUUCCGAUGACAUUCAAGUAACUCUCUUAAGGGAACGGUGUACAGUACUGUAAUUAUGGUUGCUGUGGAUUAAUGAUAGUAUUGAUGUUUUGAAUUGAUUUUUUUUUUUUUUAAGAGUGUGUGGUCAGGCUAUUUGCAACGAAUGGUACUUUAAUCACUGUCAAUAAAGUGUAUUUGAUUGACACAUG